GCCAACUGCAAUAAACUUCUUUCUCUUCUACGAGUAGUAUUUCAGAAGGCAUUCUCAGUCCCUCCUGCUCCUUUUCUCCAGCAUAAUCUGAAAGACGUUGAAAUGCGAACUCGGUUCCCCUGUACAGAUUACUCCAUCUCCAAUGCGUUUCAGGCCACAGAUUUCCUCCGCCUCCCCCUUCCCCAUCUCCCGCCUAUUAUUUCAUCCGGAUUCAAAGGCCUUCCUCGUUUCGAUCAGCUGUCAAUCCUCGGAAUCGACAUAGGAAUCAAUCAAUUACCGAUCGAAAAAGCUCUGUCUAAGCUCCUCUCCGAAUGCUUGCCUAACUUUAUUGAUGUUGAUUUUGAUGUUCUUCAUUCAGACAAACCAGCUCGCUCGAGAGAGGUGGACUCUAGAGAGCUCACAAGUUCGAAUUCCAACCAAAAUGAGCAAGAAGGCAUUGUUCCAGUUGAUGUCAAGCAAGAUGCCAAGUUUGACAUUCUCCAGUUUGAAAUUCCAGAGCUCGAUUCAGUCCUGCUUCCAGUGGAGGACACACCCAUUCUUCCUGACAUUUCCUUUGUUGAAAAGAAGGAAAUACCCAGUACUGAAACCACACUGCAGUAUCCCCUUGAUAUUCCACAAUCACUUUAUGCAGUAGAUGAAAUCCACUUGCCUGCUUUUGAGGAGAAAAAGGUUAAUUAUCUGGAAGACAGUGGCUUUAUUCAGGGGCAAUAUAUUUCUCAUACUACCCAGUUUCCUCUCCUUGAAGUGGAUGAUGCCGGUUUGGGUAUUGUGAGUGGUAUGCCCAUAAAAAAUGAAUUUCAAAUAUUCAAAAGUAUUGAAAUUCACUCAAUUGGAGGUGAUGGAUUGAGUGACUCAGAAGCUUUAGUGGGUAGUACAGGAGUUGACUUAUUAGUAUGUGAUUCAAAUCACUGUUUGGUGGCAAAACAUAUUGAGGUCAAGAUACCUCUUUCGACUGACUCCCUUGAAACAAAUAUUCUAAGUGUCAUAGAACAAAGAGAGAACUCACACAACUGUUCAAGUUGUCUGAGAAGUUCAAUAAUAUUUGAGGAGCCACAGUUCUUUGACUUGGGUCCUCAUUUCUGUGAAGCCCUAUCCGAUGCAAAAUUGCAGAUGGAAGAAGAAAUUCCUGAAGAAGCUAUGAUUGUUAGGAGCUUUUAUGAGCUCAUAGUUCGUGAGGAGCUCGCUAUGACAGAUAGUUUUUUCAAAUCAUUGCCGGUGCCGGUAUGCCUGGACCAUGAAAGAUCAAGGUCACUACAUUCAUAUGUGGAGGAGAUCCUAGUUGGAUUAGAUUCAAAACAAUUGUUUGCAUCUGAUGGUUUAUAUUUGGAUUGGCAUAUUCUGGAAGAAGUGAAUAGCUGCUGUAAUGAAGAUUCUUUGUUUUCAAAACUUUUGGGGGAUGCUUACACCAUUGAUACAGCUUUGGAAUCGGGUGAUAGUGAGAUGCUAUUAUAUAGAUUUAUUUUUUCUGGUGAUUCUCCUAAGGCGUCAAAGAAAGACGCGAGUGAAGAAACACUCCACAUAUCUUUUAAUGACACUCUGGAAAAUCAUCUGCCUUUCGGUGAAAAUUCUUCAAGUACGUUGCAGGUUGAUAGUAAUAAAGGGGCAUCAACUGAUGGGGAAUCAUCCAACUCUGUUUCCAAAAAGAAAUCUUCACUUGCUGUUCCCUUCUCCCCCUUCAAUGAUCUGAAUCUUCUUUUAAAUCAAGAAGCCUUCUCAAGCGGGAAAGAACAUAAACUAACUGAUCAACUAUCUGAUUUUCAUAUUGUGGAUGAUAAUAACGCAGAGUCCCAGAAAAAAGAUCAGCAUUAUCUUUCUUCCCUCAGUGAAAGUGAUAAGCUGGAAAAACAAUGGAGAUGUAUGCCAGUGGAAAAGAAACAUGAUUCUGGAUAUAUAGAAACAUUUGGAGGAGAUGAAGUUUGCUCUAUGCUGCUGCCUAAAUGUGAGCCAUUUGACAGAUCGGAGAAACGUCACACAAGUGACUGCUCUCUCACUGAAGCCAUCAUUGUUGUGAACACACAAGACUUUGACAAACAAAUGAUAAUAUCACGGAUAAAAACAUACCAAAAUAUUCUUUCACUGGAGAAGAAAGGAGCACAAGUAAUAGAGCGUGACUUGCACCAUCCAGUUGAUGUCAUUAUCAGUGCCUCUAUUUGCAUUGCAUGGUAUAACUGCAGUAAUAUUGCAAAGAAAGCUACUGCAUCAGAUGAGGCCUUUUCAUGCUUGCCACUAUGUCUGGAAAAUAUUGCUACAAGUAUUUUGACUUCGCUAAGCUAUGCUUUUGAUGGCUUCAUUCUGGUCUUUGAGGGAGAGAGCAGUUUCCUGGAUGGGAUAAUAGAGUUAUCAGAUCAGCUAUAUGCCGCUGCACCUAGCCUGGGAAUUGAUAUGCAAAUCUUCUGCUCAUAUUCUCCCGAGAUGACUGAAAAAAUCAUAAUAUCAUGCAUUGAAGCAGAAUCAACGAAAAAUAGAGGCAUGCUUCCUAAAAUGCCCGAGUCGGAGACAUUAGCUGAGUCUUUUCUAACUAUGUUUCCUUCAAUCAAUCCACUUUCAGCUCAAGCAAUAGUUUCUUCUGUGAGUAUGCUUCUUGAGUUUCUGGAGUGGUCACAUGAGUGCAGAGUUCAUGCAGUUCAAAAGUAUGGGGUUUCUUAUGAUAGCAUUUGGUUAUUAAGUGCUUUGAGUAGAUACGGGGAGCGCGAGGAGUCUAAAUCAGGAAUGACAGAUUGCUCUUCGGUAUCUUCUGUUCUUGGCUCAGAGUCUCUUAAUUUUGGAAAUGACUCUGCAAGGAGAAAAAGGAAGUAUGCAGGGUAUCUACAUGAUCUUGAAGACAGUUACCCAUGCGCAUCUGAUCCAUACCUAUCACGGAUUCCAGAAAAGACAACCUCAUUUAAUGGGUCUGGGAUGCGCAGUUUAUCUUUUGAUAACUUUUUUGGUCAGCCCCUUGGAUUAGAGACCAAUAUGAUAAUGAAUCAUCAGAAUUCAUCUCAAUCCUAUGACUUUCUGACUGCAAGAGAUGCUGAGAUGGGAGAUCAAAUGAAUAAAACUGAUCUUACUUCCAGUGGUGUAUGUUUCCCGACAAGACAACCCCUUGCUAGGUCCAUUAUUAACAAAUUUGAUGGACAAGGACUUGAGACCACGGGUCCCUAGAACUGCAAAAAGACUCUAUUUUGAUACAAACAACCUUCCCAGUUUUCCUACUGAUGUGGAUAUUGAUUCGUCCUCUUAUGAUUGGACUUCUAU